AUGUAUGAGCUCACGGACAUUAUUACCAGAACGGAGGACAACCCACGCGGCCUUACCUCUGACCACAUAGCCCGGACCCUCCACCAGCUUGCCCGUAAUGGCGACAGUAAGCUCCUACAAGCCGCCCUCUCGCGCCUCGGGGAACAGGGUCGGCGGCGCAUCAACCACCUGGACGCAGACAGGUUCUCGCCGCUGCACUACGCCGCGCGCUAUGCCCACGCCGACACCGUCAAGACGCUCAUCCACGCCGGGGCGCGCGUCAACAUCCGCGGCCAGGAGGGACUCACGCCGCUCCACUUGGCCGCGAGAUACCGGAGGCAGAGUAAACCCCCGAGGAAGAUGACCCCCGCGGCCCCACCCACGGAGGACGAGGGGGUGGAGGAGGACAAGGAGGUGCACGAGAAUGAGGAAGAGCAGGAACAGCAGGAGGAGGAGGAGGAGCAGAAAGACGAGGAGGAGGAGAAAGAAGGCCUGGAAGAAAACGGAAUGGUGGAAUAUGAGGAGAAUGCCAAGAACAGCCUGCAGCACCUAGACUCAAGCCUGGCGGGUCUGGCCAAGGACUCAGUGGUCAGGAUCCUGGUGGAGUGCGGGGCGGAGGUGAAUGCCCUUGACGUGUAUGGCCAGACGCCGCUCCACUACGCCGCCAUGAGAGGGAACGACCCGGCUGCCUCUGACCUCAUAGCCUGCCCUCAGAUUAUGCUGGAGGCGAAGGACAAGCAGCUGAUGACGCCGCUGUUCGUGGCCGCCUCCUUCGGUAACUACAACAUCUGCCACAGCCUCAUCAACGCGGGGGUCAGCCUCUUCGCCAAGGAUGAAAGUGAGCAGAUGGCACUCCACCGCGCAUCCAUGGAGGGCCACCUGAAUAUUGUUGAGUUGCUGCUGAGUUCCGGCCACAAGCUUGGCGGGGCGGCGAUGGUGGAACGGCUGGUGGGCGACAGGGACAGCGAGGGACAGACCUGCCUGCACCAUGCUGUGAACAACGGCCACCUCGAAAUCGUGCAUCGGCUGAUCCAGGCGGGCGCAGACGCGAACUCCAUGCGUGACACCCUCUCCACGCCCCUCCACGCUGCGGCUGUCACCGGCAACGCGGACAUCGUACAACUUCUGCUGGAGAACAACGCUCGGCUGGACAGCAUCGACAGCUCCCAGCAGACGCCGCUCCACAAGGCUGCCAUCCACAACCAGUCCGACGCCAUCAACAUACUCCUCAACUUUGGUGCCAAGAUUGAGAGGCGUGACAAAGACUCCUUCACGCCCCUGCUGCUGGCGGCGAGUGGCGGCCACGCGGCGGCCCUGGCGACCCUGGUGGAGAGAGGUGCCAACGUGGACGCCAUAGACAAGGAUGACAAGACGGCGGUGUUCUGGUGUGCCGAGCAGGGCAACGAGGAGGCGCUGGAGGUCCUCCUCAGUGACCCGCGCUGCCUGGAGUUGGUGGACGUGAGUGACCGCUACGACAACUCUCCGCUGCAUGAGGCGGCGCGGCGAGGCUACCUGAACAUCAUAGAGAAGCUGCUGGAGGCCGGCUCACGUGUCGACAACAAGAACGAGGACGAGGAGACGGCCCUGCACGUGGCGGCCGAGGCGGGGCAGGUCAAGGUGGUGAAGGAGCUGGUGAAACGCUACCGGUAUCUUAUCACUGACGAGAACGAGAACUCGGAGACCCCGCUGCACCUUGCUUGCCUCCAGGGACACACAGAUGUGGUGCGCACCCUGCUGGAGGCCGGCGCUGAUGUGGAGGCCCGGAACUCCUCCCUCUGGACCCCCCUGGACUGUGCCUCCGCCAGGGGUCACGUGUUCUGUGUUCAUGAGCUGCUGGACUAUGACUCACCCCUCGACCCUAUGGACAAGACCAAGACGACGCCCCUGCAGUUGGCCGCCAAGGAGGGCCACGUGGCUGUCACUCGGCUACUCUUGGAGCGCGGCGCCUCCCUCCACACCAUGGACAGCUCAGGGAGGAAUGCGCUGGAGCUCGCCAUCGCUGCAGGGAAGAAGGACGUCUGCAUGGCCAUCGUGAAGUCCUCGGAGUGGGAGAUGGCCAUGAAGAACGUUCGGAUUGACCUGAAGGGCCGGCGCAUCACCCCCUUCAGGAUGCUCAUCAGGAAGUUCCCGGACGUGGCGGAGGCGGUGCUCAACAGAUGCACAAACUCUAACGGAAUGGAUGCGGACGACGAACGCUACUCCAUGUUCUUCAAUUUCGAGCUGGUGGAUGACAGCUAUAUAAAUUACGGCUAUGGCUCGGAGGUGGACUCUCUCGCCUCCGCCAGCACCAUGGAGUCCCCUUACGACGAGGAGGGGCGCUUGCUGGACCACGCCGAGCUCUACACCCAAGAGUCCCGCGACCUUAAGAAGAAUCACCCGCUCAUGCUGAUGGUGAAGUAUAGACGCCUGAACCUCCUCAACCACCCCGUGUCCAUCUCCCUCGUCAAGCACAAGUGGAUGAGCUAUGGAAGAUUCGUGUACUACUCAACGCUUCUCUUCUACACAGUCUUCCUCACCUUCCUCACCGGCUACGUCCUCACGGCAAAAGACUGGGCGUGGGUUGAGUACGUGAUGCAGAACGUCAGCAACGGCCUUCCCCUUAUUCAGGACGCCCGGGACUCAGGCUCAUGUGAGGACAUCAAGAGCAAGGUGGAUCUGAGCGACAGUGGCUUCGUGAUGGCGGGCAAGUGGGUGAUCAUCGUUAUGGCAGCCAUCAACAUCCUGCGCGAGAUAUUUCAGAUCUACCAGGCGCGGCUGAACUACAUAGGAGUGGAGAACUUGAUGGAGUGGUGCUGCUAUGUUACUGCCGUGCUGCUGGUCUGGGACUUCACCAACUGCCCCAUCAGGGAGAAGUGGCAGUGGCAGGUGGGGACAGCCUCCAUCUUCCUGGCGUGGAUGAACCUGCUCCUCUUCAUCCGCAAGCUUCCCUUCCUCGGCAUCUACGUGGUCAUGUUCACGGACGUCUUCGCAACCUUCCUCAAGUUCUUCACCAUCUUCAUGCUCUUCCUCAUCGCCUUCGGACUGAGCUUCUACAUGGUGUUGAGAAAUCAGUUCCCGUUCAGCACCUACGGCAAGACCCUUCUGAAAACGAGCGUCAUGACCAUCGGGGAAUUCGAGUUCGAUUCCAUAUUCAACGACAUCACGCAAACCCUUCCAUACCCCGAGAUCACCUACAUCGUGUUCGUGGCCUUCCUGGUGCUCAUGUCCAUCCUCAUCAUGAACCUGCUGGUGGGUCUGGCCGUGGACGACAUCAAGGCCGUUCAGGACCAGGCCAUCCUCAAGAGACUGGCCAUGCAGACCCAGCUGGUUCUCGACGUGGAGGUGUUCAUCCCUGACGCCCUGCGGAGGAUGUACACCACAGCGCGGAAGGAGGUGCAUCCGAACGCUCGCCACGGCCUCAUGUCUCGGAUGUUCGGCGACUUCCAGGUCUUGAAGGGCUUUGAGAUGGUGGAUGACGGAGAGAUGAAUGAACAGGAAUCCAUGCGUCAGGACCUCAAUCACCUGAAGACCACCAUGGAGGCGCUGCGCUCACAGAACCAGCGGCUGCACUCCCUCCUCGUGGCGCUCACCUCCCUCACUGGCAAGGGCGGGGAGCAGCCUUCAGUGGAGCCGGACUUGGCCAGGCUCUUGUGGUAGAGGAGUAGAGCGCUAUUUUCAUAUACUUACAAUUUUACAAAGUUUAUGAGUAGAGAUAUUUUGCAGGACUAGAGUAGGAAUAGGAUAUUGUAGGAAUAGGAGUACAUAGUGUAACCUUGACAAAGUACAUACUAGCAAGACUCUAUUGAGGACUAUACUGAUUAAGAGUGGUAUUUUCAGGAGCAGUCUGUCUGAAGUUCUGUAAUUCCUUCCUGUUUUCCCGUUGACGAAUCUCACACCACUGAUAUAGAAUGGUCAAAACUGGUUAAACUCAUUUCAUAUACCUCGUUCCCACUCUUCCUUUACAUUUCAUUCCGUUCCUUUUUCUUUUUUCUUGUUUUGUUUUCUUUUUUUUGUCUUGUCUGCACCUCUUAUAUACGGUAACUCAUUUCCACUGCACGUACUCUUGAUUGCUGUGCUGCGUUCCAUGUCCACGUCUGAUGAACAUGACACAGUUGGCAGGAUAACUUUCAAUUCUCCCUGACCUCUUCAUUCUAUCACACUCCCUCCCUUCCUUCCUUACUUCUUUCCCUCCUUUCCUCCCUUCUUCCUUUACCUCCCUCCAGCCUCCGCCUGCAUUCCUUCUUCUCUCCUAAACAAAAGUCGAUAACAAACUCCUUGGAGAGAAACAUUGAAUAUAACACUCUUCCCAGCUUCUUCCCCUCUCCUCGAUUUUCAAGCUAGUGGAAUUACGGACAAACUUAAAUUUACUCCAUAAGUGCGAGGGUUGCAGGACUUCCCUCAGACUGCUCACCACACACACACACACACACACUUUAUGGGCAUUGCCUCCAGAAAUCUCUCAGGAUAAUUAAGCUAUGCAAAGUCGAGUGCAGCGUUUAAGAGCCUCCCCAGCAGCUGCAAGAAGAUAUACCAAAACCAACAUCUUCCAUCCACAAAGAAUCACUCUAUUUUCUAUAUGAACAAAUGUCUCUAAGGUUGUAAUAAGGGCGUACUUACACUUUACAACCCCUGGUACACUUUUAACUUUACUGUAGAAUUUAGCUGACAGGUCUCCGAUAUGUAUUGACGAGCAUGCAGAUUUGUAUAUAAGUAGAAUGUAGGUGGCAAAAUGUAACCUCUCUCUGUUUAUAUGUUAACCAUCUAUCUCUGUCCUUUCUUUAUCUUUCUAUGUUGGUAUCUCUCUCUCACUUUCUCUCUCUCUUUGUCCACUAUCUUUAUCUUUCUAUGUAGCUGUCUCUUUUUCUCUCUCUUUCUCUGUCCUUCUAUCUCCAUCUGUCUAUGUAACUAUCUCUCCCUCUUUCUGUCUCUCUCGAUCGAUCUAUCUCUCUAUAUAGCUAUCUCUCUCUCUCUGUCUGUCUCUCUAUCUACAUUUAUCUCCGUAACUCUCUCUCUCUUCAUCUCUCGCUACAAUAUUGAAUAAGAGAUAAAAAAAAAGUGCUUUGGUGCCAACCCAUGACACCUCCAUAGACUAAGAAAGUAAUCUGACUCGCUGUUCCGUACUCUGUUAUAUCGACGUCCGUGCUUCCCUGUCGUAGUUUUAUGCCGCUGUGUGAAAGAGUAAGCAGAGCAGCUGAGGGGAUGAAGCAUAGUGUUUAGGCAGCUUCAGAGGAGUGUUAGAUAGCUUUAGAAUAGUGUUUAAGCAGCCUCAUUUCUUCUCAUAAGCUCCGAGGUUGUCAUACGAAGCCUUGUGAUUUUGAGUCUUACCGAAUGUGUUGUUAUGGGGUGAUUUUUAUUUUAUAUUUUUUUUUAUUUAUUUAUUUAUUUUUUUUUUACAUCAAAGGAUACGGCUCAAAGGCAACAAAAAGGGUACAAAAAAAAAAAAAAGGCCCGCUACUCGCCGCUCCCCUGUGUUGUGUGUCCCGUCCCUCUCAGAAGCAGGAUGAGACUUCACAUUCUUAACUUUUAUAUCGCAAAGUCUUUAGUUGCAGUCCAUUGAAAAGACAGUGUAUGUACUUAUAAGAGCAGUGUAGACUUUUGUACAUCUGAUGCUCUUUUGUUCUCAACGUUUAUUGCCUUGCCUCCUCCCGAAAUUGACCUCUCUUUCGGCCACCUCUUUUGAUCCUUUUUUGUAGGAGCAGCGAGUAGCGGGCUUUUAUUAUAUUAUUGUUUCCUUUUUUUGUGCCCUUAAGCUGUCUCCUUUGUUGUAAAAAAAAAAAAAAAAAGGACCCUCUAUAGAAUCUCCCAUAGCAACAGUCGAUCCUAAGCCUACCACCUCACCGCUGGAAGGACAAUCUACGUAUUUGUGAGGGAAAUGCUCCACUCCACUUGCCAACCUGUACACCGCGAUCAGAGCUCCUCUUUCUCUUCUUCUCUUCAGGGUUGUGAGCCCUGUGCUAUUGAGUCUCUCCUCAUAAGUCCGAUCUCAGAGUUCCCCAAGCCUGCCAGCUCACCGUUGAAAAGACAGUCUUCGUAUUUGUGAGACCUGGUGUAUGUGUGCAGACUCUUAUAUAUCUGCUGCUCUCUUUUCUUUAUUUUUGAUGCCAUGUUUCAUCCAAGAAGACCCUCAAUGGAAUCUCCCACAGCGUCAGUCUAUCCCAAGCGUACCAACCCACCAUUGAAAAGACAGUCUACGAAUUUGUGAGACCUGGUGUAUGUGUGCAGACUCUUAUAUAUCCGCUGCUUUCUUUUCUUUAUUUUUGAUGCCAUGUUUAUCCAAGACCCUCCACAGAAUCUCCUACAUCAGCAGUUCAUCUCAAGGCUACCAUCCCACCGUUGAAAAGAUAGUCUACGAAUUUGUGAGACCUGGUGUAUGUGUGCAGACUCUUAUAUAUCUGCUGCUUUCUUUUCUUCAUUUUUGAUGCCAUGUUUCAUCCAAGAAGACCCUCAAUAGAAUCUCCUACAGCAUCAGUUCAUCCCAAGACAGUCUACGUAUUUGUGAGACCUGGUGUAUGUGUGCAGACUCUCAUAUAUCUGAUGCUUUCUUUUCUUUAUUUUUAAUGCCAUUUUUCAUCCAAGACCCUCCACAGAAUCUCCUACAUCAGCUGUCCAUCCCAAGCCUACCAUCCCUCCAAUCCGCAAGUGUACUUUCGAUAGUGGCUUGAACUCGUAACAUUUAUACCUGAACGAGACACAGGUGUAUAAGGUAACCACUGAAGCCUUUAGCCAGAUAUAUAGAUGAAGCCUUAUAGCCAUGUACUUACAGAAUGUGGAGGUUGAACUCGUAACAUUUCUCCCUGAACAAGACACAGGUGUAUAAGGUAACCACUGAAGCCUUUAGUCGGAUAUGUAGAUGAAGCCUUAUAGCCACGUACUUACAGAAUGUGGAGGUUGAACUCGUAACAUUUCUCAAAGGUAGAAGGUAAACAUGGAAGCAGCCAGGUAGAUUGAUGAAGCCUUAUAGCCAUGUACUUACAGAAUGUGGAGGUUGAACUUGUAACAUUUAUACCUGAACAAAAUGCAGGUGUAGAAGGGAAACAUGGAAGCAGUCAGGUAGAUUGAUGAAGCCUUAUAGCUGUGUAUAUAUAGAAGGUGUGUUAUGCCAGGAUUCGUCAUCAAUAAAAAGUAUCCAUUAUGCAGAAAAUACUAAGGAAAUACUAUAAGGGUGAUGUAUAUAAAGUAUGAUGUAAUUAUGUUUUAAGAUAGAUUUUUUUAUUUAUUUAUUAUUAUUUUUUUUUUAUAUAUAUAUUUUUUUUUUACAGCUUAUGAAACAGCUCAAGGGCAACAAAAAAGGUGUAAAAAAGCCCGCUAGAAUUGUACCACAUCAUAAAAAAACAUAAUUACACCAUAUAUUACCUGAUUUACAACACUUACCAUGAUAUCUCUGGUAUUAUAUAUAUACUUUGCGAUGAUGAUAAAUUUUGGCAUUACAAGUAACAUUGCCAGAUUGUCGUACUCUGCCGAUUAUAUUUCCCGACUUCCUACCCCCAAAAUGUCUUCUGGGCUCCAAUAACGAAACUCAUAGUUAUCGUUAAAAGAGUUAGAUUCUGAUGUUUCUUGGCAAUAGUUAGACUUCAGAAACCGGUAAAUACUAUGCUCUGAGUACGACAAUCUGCGGUGAUUACAAGCGGAGAGCCUUCAUUAGGAGAACAAAGCUAACACGUACAAGCAUGUCUGGAGCCUUUCAUGACAAGUAGAGGAAAGGAGAGCAGUUCCUCCUUAAAUAUAGAUUCCUAAACAUACGCACAACUUAUAUAGCGAGGAAAACGUACAGUAGAAUUUGAUACCUUUACACCGGUUUAUAGAAUUGUCGUAGAGUUGUGUUAGGGCCAUUAUAAAGAUCCCAUGAAAUAUCUCCUCCUGAACAGUGGAAAUUAAGUAGAUUCCACAAUAUACGCACAACUUUUAUAGCGAGGAAAAUGUACAGUAGAAUUUGAUACCUUUACACCAGUUUAUAGAAUUGUCAUAGAUAGAGUUGUGUUAAAACCAUUAUAUAGAUCCUGUGAAAUCCUAUCUCCUCCUGAACAGUGGAAAUUAAAUGGAUUCCUAAAUAUACGCACAACUUUUACAGCGAGGAAAACGUGUGGUAGACUUUGAUACCUUUACACUGGUUUAUAAUAUUGUCGUAGAGUUUAUUGAUGCCACUCAGCUGUAUAGAUCC